UGCUGUAGAACACCAAAUGCAAUAAUAUUUUGGAUGCUUUUAUAACACAUAUGUAUUGUACGUCUUUCAUUUCAGUUUUCUUGUAAGAAGACUCUGGUUUGGAUCAGCACCAGUUAUUGAGCUAUGGAGAUGCAUUAUCACAUCAAUAGCUCCUUGUUCAGUAAACCUGGUUCUGUGGACAACAAGACGGUGUACGAGAUAUGCAGCCACAUUCCAGAGGUCAUCAUUUUCUACAUAGGCAUGCAGAUUUGUAACAUGGUCGUGGGGCUCCCGGCAAACCUCAUGGUCCUGUGGCUGAUCCGCCACAACAAAAGAGACACGUCCACAUCAGACAUCUUCAUCUGGCAUCUGGCUGUGCUGGACAUCUUCUUCUGCCUUAUAACUCCACUGGAGAUUGCCAACCUGCUGUACCUGACCACCAGCAGCACCUGGUAUGUGCUGCGCUUCUUUUACGGCGUCAAAGACCUUUCGGCACUCUUCCUGGCCUGCAUCGCUCUGGACCGUUACAUGGCCGUGCGCCAUCCAAUUAUUUUUUCCAAGCUGAAGGACCGGCCCCAUCGUCCUGUUUGUGCCAUUGUUAUGUGGUUCGUCAUUUUGGUGCACGGCAUACUAAAGUGUCUGAACACCAUCCCCAACUUUGAUAAAGUAUUCACGGUCAUGAUCCUGGCCACAUUUGCAUUCAUGGUUUUCUUCAACAUCUCCAUCCUGUGCGCCCUGCGCCAAUCCGGUCCAGGCAGGGACGACAUGCAUCCGGUCAAGAAAAGAGCUUUUAAGAUGGUGCUCAUUAUUUUAGCUAUCAUAGUCUUUAACUACUUACCUCCCGUAGCGCUCUUCCCAUUUAAGGCGUAUUUCGCUCCAGAUAAGUUUAAAUGUUAUGUCCAUUACAUAGCUUUUGGCUUCCUGAACAUCAGCAGCAGCAUUCAGCCUGUCUUGUACCUGUCGAAUAAGAAACCACAAUGUCCAGGGUGGUGUAGUGAGUGCUGCAGCACUAAAGAGAAAGAGACUAUAACAACAAAUGAGUUAUCUACAGUGUGCACUACUUAUAAAUAGAUGGUUCAAGGGAGGGAAAAAACAAUGACAUUCCACAUUUGAGUACAAGUUUUACAUAUUCCACAACCAAAAACUUGUGAAGAUACAUUAUAGUUUCAACUUGAUGUAAAUCCUAUUUGAUAAGAAAAGGUAUGAAUUCUUAAGUAAACAAAUAAUUCAAUGUCUUAGACUGUGUAAAAAGAACCGGGCGAUCUCUCCAUGACGUCACCCAUAGGUUUUCUGAAUUGUGGUUUUAAAGCUCAGUUCAGAAGCUCUGAUCGUCACCAGCUUGGCAGGAGCAGACUCCGCCUAACCCCGGGUAAUUCAAACAACAGGCAUAUGGGAGCCUGGCUGUUGGUUGAAACAUGUCUACGUUGGUACCUACUAGCAGUAACCACAGGUUGGCUAGAUUAACUUUAUCGUAGCUAAAUGCUUAGGUGGCUUGUGUGGUAAUUUAUAUGCUAAUGUUAUUUUGCAUUAGAUUGAACUCCGUUAUCUAUACCCUGUACAGCAUCCUGUGUCUACUCCUACAUUUCUCGUGGUAAGAUAAAGUAUAAUAAUCUGAUUAGCUAAAGUGAUGCAUAGCAGACAGUUUAAUACCUGUAUUACAGCUGUCACUUAAACUGGCCAAGCCCCAAUUUUAUGACUUAACUGAUGAGUUGCAUAGAAAUUUGGCGCUAUGGAGAUGACUCUGAGUCAUUUUUAAAGCCAAGUGAGGAACUGCAUGUUCCUCUCCUUCCUGCGUUGGACUCUUUUUUUUUUUUUUCUUUAGAACCGGAGCCCGACCAGUUAUCAUAAAUGGCAAAAAAAACCCACAAAAAAGUGAUUCACUGAAGUCAUGUAAAGAUGUUACGACAUGUCAAUGAUGUUCUCAUACAGAAAAAAAUGGGAGUAAAGGACAAGGAUUACUUUGUAAAUAUAAACAAUGAUGUAAAAAAUGAGUCAUAAAUAAAAAGUCACAUAUGAAAGUACAUAACCAUGAAACCAAACAUCAGAACUCUUGUUGUUUGUUUUAUAUAAAUAUAUAAAACAUUUUAUGGUUUUUAACAUUGGUUAGCAAGUACACCAUUAAAAAUAAACAUUUAAGGAAACAAUUUUUGGUUUCCAAAAGAACCUUUUAGUUUAGGGUCAUGAUUGUUUUUGUUGUUGCAGUAACAGACUGAAUACUUAUUUGUACCACAAAACCUUUCUAUUUUAUUUUAUUUUUUUACUCCCAUAUCAUUUAUGGGAGAUUUUUUUUCUAUGAAGAACAAAAUGUUAGAUAUCAAUCAAAAAGUAUUUUGAAGAACUUCUUAGUGGUGACUGUUAAGACCAAAAAUAUCAUAUCACAUUGCUGUGGCUUUACAUGUUGUGCCGUUACAUAGCAUUACAUUUUUAAACCUAGUUUGCGAGAAACUAUAACCAACACAGGAUUUGUCGUGAUAUAUGUUUGAAACCAAUCAAAGACUUCAUUGUUGAUUCAUUUCCUUUUACAGCCAUACAUGCCCAUGCUUUCACCAUAUUUGACAGAUGAUGCAGCAUGCUUUGGAUCUUGAGCUCUUCCUUUCAUGUUCCAUUUUUUUUCUCUUAAUUUUUUUAACUGGCCUUUUUGUUCUGGACUGUUAUUGAUUUGUGUAAAGGAGGGGAUUCAGUGAAUGCAUGACUGUGGCAGAAGCAUUUUACUAUGUAUCAUACUGUGUAUGGUUGUAUAUAUGUGACACAUAAAAUUUGAAUUUGACCUUUUCCAGAGUGUUCCUGACUUGACUUGAUAUUUUAAAGGCAAACUUUCCGCUCCCUCUAUGAUUAACCAGUGUGUUUUUCCUCCUGAUGAUCGCCUCAUUUGUUUUUUGUUUUUGUUGUUGUUUUUUUUACAUCGUAUCAUUUAUGGUAGAUUUUUUUUCUAUGCGUAAGCAAUAACAAAAUGUAUUAUUGUAUAUUAUUAAUGUAUACUAUAUAAAUAUAUAUUAUAGGAAAAUAUAGUUUUGGUGAAAGGUUGGUGUAAUUUCCAAAGCACACUUAUUUAAACUUUGUUUUUCAAUUUAUUUUUGGCAUAUUUUUAAAAGAAAUAUAUAUAUGCUCAAAAUAAUCAUUGUAGAAAUGUACAGAAAGUAUACAUUAGAAUACAGAUUUGAAUAUACAGUAGUCUCAGUAUAUUUUAAGAUAAAUUUGAAUGUACUUAUUCAUACAAAUUGUACUUAUUUAUACACUUGCGCGCAUGCUUUCAGACUCGUUUUUGCAUGCUGAAUCUCUCUCGCGCGCAAACUCACUUUUGCAUGCUCAAGAUCAAAUUUAUGUGUCUCUUCUGUGCGCGCUCAGUAUCAUAAAGCUGCUGUACACUUGCACGAAUUGCAGCAGCGUUAUAACUUAUAAUAGUCUGGAGUAGGGGCAACAGCAGCCAAUCAGAAACCGGAGGCGGGCAGAUUCAGCAGUCGUUUUCUCAUAUCAUUAUUAUUUUAGUUUUAUUGGUAUAAGGAAUUUCAUGUUUUUUGUUAGGUGGUUGGUAGUUAAGUACAUAGUUUAAACUAUAGAAUGUAUUGUAUAAUGUGUUAUUGCUAAAUCUUAUGUACGUUGCUACUAGUAUAAUGUUCUGUAGCUCUCGGCCUGUUUUCAGUCUUUGUGUAACAGCUAGAAUCAACACACCAGGUUUAAACUCAUACUGUAUAUUCUAAUACUAAUGUCUGUCUUGGUUCAGACAAAAGUUAAUUUUUUUUGUUUGUUAGACUACCUGACGUUUUUUUUGAACACAAAUAAACUAUAGUACGGCUUUUUUUUGUAACCUUGUGCGAAUUAAAUCUGUUAAACUCAGGAACAAAAUCUGCCUCGUAAUAACUGAUGUAAUGUGUCAAAAACAUGUUAUACAGUAAUGUAGUAAAUGCAUUCAGCCUUUGUAAAUGAUCCUAAAUAUCUUUAGUGUACUGGUAAUACAUUUGCAAUGCAGUAUUAUAGAAUGCAAUGUAUAAUAUA